AUGGCCAAUAUCCCUGAGAUGGUUGCAUCGUCAGCAGAUUCGCCUGGCGAGAUAUAUGACUCGAUCAACAUUCCCGUGAAAGAUGCCGUCAAGUUAUACAAGAAGGCUAUUCUUUGGUCCUUUGCUAUAUCUCUAGGGCCAAUUAUGGAAGGCUAUGAUGUGAUUUUACUCGGAAGCUUCUUCGGGCUCGAUAAAUUUGCAGACAAGUACGGUUCACCUGGUAUAGCUGGUAAGAGGGUAAUCUCAGCGGCCUGGCAAUCCGGUAUAAGUUGCGGUAUGCUGAUAUUGACACUCUGGCAGGCUGGUUGUAUCGUCGGCCUUGUUCUGAACAGCAUGCUUGCUGAGCGAAUUGGAUAUAAGAUUACGCUAAUUGGGUCCUUGCUAAUGACCUGUGUCUUUAUUUGCAUGACUUUCUUUGCGGAAAACAUCGCAACUAUCGAGGCGGGCGCGGUUCUCAUCGGAAUUCCUUGGGGCGUAUUCCAAACUCUUCCCCUCACCUACAUUGCGGAGGUCAUUCCUAUAUGUCUGCGUGGAUACAUGGCCACCAGCAUUAACCUCUGUUUGGUGACGGGACAAUUGAUCGCCUCAGGAGUCGUUCGUGCCUUUUCUACUCGAACAGAUGAAUGGUCUUAUAGAAUACCAUUAGGUCUUCAAUGGGCGUGGCCACUACCGAUCAUCGUCUUUACCAUUUUUGCACCUGAAUCACCUUGGUGGUUGGUGCGUCAAGGGCGCGUGGAAGAUGCUAAGAAAUCACUCCGUCGUUUAACAUCCCCAACCUGUGGUAUAUCAAUUGAUAUUGAUCGGGAAAUUUCGAUUAUCCAGGCCACUAACGAACAAGAAAUAUUUCUUUCUAAUGGUGCUGGCCUAGCAGACUGCCUCAAAGGAGUCAAUAUUCGCCGGACUGAAAUCGCGAUAGUUGCUUGGAUGAUCCAAACCCUCUGUGGAUUCGGUCUAGUUAGCUACGCCGUGGUUUUCUUGGAGCGUGCGGGGCUUAGUCAAACUAACGCCUUCUCUUUCAACAUUGGGAUCUUCGGUCUUGGUUGGUUAGGCACACUCGGGUCAUGGGUCUUGCUAGAAAAGAUCGGGCGCCGCACCCUCUACCUCGCAGGACUAGCAGGAAUGUUCGUACUCUUGAUUGGGAUCGGUGUGUUGGGAGCUUGUACACAAGGAAGCGGUGUCAGCUGGGCUAUCGGAUGCUUACUACUUGUGCUGGCUCUGGUAUAUGAUAUUACCAUCGGCCCAGUUUGCUUUGCCAUUGUUUCGGAGGUGCCUGCCACUCGCUUGAAGAUCAUGUCUAUGGGAAUUGCCCGUAGCUUUUAUAAUUUGUUUUUCAUCAUCACUAACAUCCUCGUCCCACGGAUGAUCAGCGCUGAGUCUUGGAACUGGGGUGCUAAGGCCGGAUUCUUCUGGGCCGGAUCAUGCCUAAUACUGGCUAUUUGGACAUAUGAACGUCUUCCGGAAACUGCCGGAAGGUCGUUCGCUGAGAUCGACCUUCUUUUCGAACAUCAAGUCCCAGCUCGUGACUUUGCAAAGACAGACAUCAGUCAAUUUUCAUUUGAGUUGGAAAAUGUUCAGAAGGCCAAUGAUUUUACGGAAGAGCGAGUUGAACGUGUCUGA